AUGAGAUUUUACAUCUAUAGUAUAAAACCUUCUAGUCUUAAAAUACUUAAAUAGAGUUAUGGAUUAUUAAUUUAAAACCUAUAAAUGAUAAUGGAAGAACUGUAGGUAUAAAAAUAGUGGAAAAUUGAAUCAUUACCAACUAUAGUAGGUAAAAUUGGUGAAAUGUUAUGGGUAGAUGCUUGA